AUGCUCACGCCUAGGAUACGCUCCUACCUCCCUUCCUCCUCAACUUGCAAGAGCACUCGCGCCAGAGGGUUAAAACGUCUACUCGACCACGUCUUCUCUACAUCAUCAUCAUCAUCAUCAUCAUCAUCAUCAUCAUCAUCAUCAUCAUCAUCAUCAUCAUCAUCAUCAUCAUCAUCAUCAUCAUCAUCAUCAUCACGCAUCAGCUCACACUGUGGGCCUUACGCUGCAUCCAUUCACUCGUCUGUCACUGCCAUUAUGCAUUCCUGCAUCACGACUCUCCUCUUCCUCCUUGCCACCCUGUCAUCAGCAUUACUCGCCCCGUCCCAAGACCUUUCAACCCUCCUGCCACCCUCGCCGCCUACGCACCAACCCUCCACCUGCCUCACACGGUACUCCAACUACUGGGACGCGACAGAAAACUUUGUCCUCUUCAACUCGCCCAACGAAACUCACUUCGCCUUCACCCUUGUCACCAAGUACCUGAAGUUCUACCCCAAGACACUCACCCAAUGGCUGGACGUCAGCGGCUUUCAGGUCGUGAACGCAUCUACCAUACCGGACUCGGAGCUCUGCGGCUGGCUGAGCGCUGCUUCUGUUGAGAUGAACGGCAGGCUUCGUGGCACCGUGGGCUACAAGUACAGCGGCAAUGCCUCGCUGCGGACCAUAACCCCCAGGCACCACAUCUACAACCACAUGAACACGCGGCCCAGCGAUCAGACUUUGCGCACAAUCACAGCCAUACUGCGCGCCAACGCACCCGACGCCGACACCUACUACUCCAUGACGCUACUCCUCGGCUCAGCAUGCGGCAUCCUCGGUUUCGUCGUGUUCUCCUAUGGCCUGGUCCUCACCCUCGAGCUGAACAAGCGAAUGAGAGCAGCCCCGACCGACGUCGAGGAUAUCGAGCUCGAUCAGAUCAAGGUGCACGACCUGUCUGGCGCGGGAAUGCAGCGGAUGAACGCUGAUCCUGAGACGGAUGGACCGAAGUGUACCAUCGAGAUCACAACCCCUGCUGUUGCUGGCGCGGAUACGUCGUCUUCCAAGACCAGCGCGGCUGAUCCUCCGCCCAUUUACUCCCUCGAUGGUGUCGGCCGCUAG